CUUUUCUUCCUAAUUUUUGGAAAUCUCCUGUGAGAGAUAUCCUUCAAGAUUCAGAUCUCCAAGCUAUGGAAAGCAGAGCUGGGAAUGUGACAUUACUGCUGUCUAGCAUACUGUUUUGCUAAAAUAGCAUAGAAAUGAGAGUUGUUGAACAUGCUAGCUCGAGUUCACAAUUCUUUUUUUCCUUUCAGAUCACUGAGAGAAUAAUUGUGUUGUUUGUCGUGAUCAACAGUCAGGAAGAAGUUCAAGGGAAAUACAUUGUGUGUGUUUUAUUUUUCCUUUGGAAUUUAUUAGAUGUGGUCAGGUACACUUACAACAUGUUGGCAAGGAUGGAAAUACACUACUUACCACUGACGUGGCUGAACUUCUCACUGUGCAUCCUGCUCUAUCCACUUUCAGUUCUGGCUAAAGCAUUUGCGAUCUGUGUAUCACUGCCUUAUUUUGAAACCUUUGGCACAUACUCCGUCAAGCUGCCAUUUCCAUUUGCCUUCUCAGUGUACUUCCCCUAUGUUCUGAAAAUGUACCUGCUAGUGCUAUUUACAGGUAUGUGCUUUAUUAUCCGGAACCUCUUCUCAGAAAGGAAGGCUCACCUAGAGACAGGCAACUCCAAAAAGAAAAGAAGCUAAGCUGAUACUUUGUUUUGAAAUAUGAAAUUUCUUCCCAGAGGGCUAGUACAUGUCAUAGGCAGAAAAAAAGAGACAAAGAUUUUCCAUGCAUGUUUGCCUGCACAUUAUCCAGCUGUGAUGAAUAUUCAGAAAAGAAACAUCUCUAGUGCUCCUCAAAAAUGGAGCAGUUUGAAAUAACUUGUUACUUUUGAAAGUUUUGACUUCAAAUGUCAGGAUUUUUUAAAAAUGAAUAUUUUUCUAAUAAAAGAGGACUCAAGAAAAAAAAAUACAGAAGAAUGCCUUUACCACAGUUAAACUAACAACCCUUAUUUUGGUGUUAAUUCUUGCCUCAUCAUCAUCAGGUAACAACAACAACAACACUUACUGUAUUAUAUUAAGCAAACAUGUAUGUGCCUCCUAUAUAUAAAUUGGCUAUAAUGGGGAUCUCUCAAACAGCUGAAGCUGGAAGCAUCCUAUGAGAUUCAUAUGCUGAUUGCCUCAGACAUUCACAAAAGACCCCUGACCUUCUGGCCCAUUCUGCCAAAGGGAUUCCAGCAAAGUAAACCAUAAGGGCAAAUGAUCAGGUACUUGGGUACUACAUAUCCAAGAAAAGCUUAUCAUCACUGUGCUGGUAGAUGCUGAGAACCUUUUUCAUUGAUGUGAUUUUUCUUCCAUGCUGAACAGCAAACAGAUAAGCAAUAGAAGUGUGAGUUGAUAGUGUGAAGAUACUGACCAUCAAAAAAGUCACAUGCAAAAUUCUACCAGUUUUACUUAAGUUCACUGCCACUUUUACUUCUAUUGGACUACUUGUGAGAAAGCAACCAGAGCAUAGUCUUUUGAAUUUGGGAGUCACGAACAGAUAGCAGCCCAGGAAACCUCAUAAAAAGGAGAAAACAGACUGCUGCAGAAUAAACUGCAUAGGAACAUUUCUUAUGUUUCAUCCAUAUUGCCUAUCACCUGCAUUUUACUUCAUGAAGAUGGGGGAGAAAACUGAGGCUUGUUUUUUUUUCUUAAGCUUGAAUGAAAACUGGGCAAAUGAUGGAAGAGCUAAAGGGGAAAUUAACACUUUCAUAUUACAAAGAGGCUGUUAGUAUAACUUUCUAAACCAUGCUCUUAUGAGGGUGUUCAAACUAUUCUAAGUAGCAGCCAAGUGAGACUGGUCUUGACCUGCUAUGAUUUUUAUUUAAUAUAUGUGGCAGACAACGCCUGCAGACUGUUGUGACCACUGGGAUACAUGCAAACCAUAAGCAACGGGAUCCUACAUGAAGUAGUUUAAUGGGGACCAUGGAUAGUUUGAAAGCACUGCAGACACGAGUUAGUAAUUUGGAUGUUGUUACAGACAACUUCCAGAGGUACUUUCACUUUGGACUUCUGCCUGACCCAAACUACUCCAAAUGCAGACAGUCUGCAUAAGGAAAAGGAUAAGCAGCUGAAAGUUGAUGGCAACUUCAAAGGACAGAGCUGAAACAGGAACACUUCACAAUCGAAUGACACUGCAAUAUGCAAAGUGAAACACGGACUUCUCCCCUCUUGGAGAUUCAAUCGAAUGCAUUUGAUCUAAAACCAGAGUUAAUAGUAUAGGAAGGAUGUGGAGCUGUUGGAGUGGGUCCAGAGGAGGGCCAUGAAGGCAGUCAGAGGGUGGAAGAACCCCUCUUAUGAAGAGAGGCUGAGGGAGCUGGGCUUUUUCAGCCUGGAGAAGAACAGGUUCUGGGGAAACAUCAUUGCAGCCUUCCAGUACCUCGGGGAGCUUGUAAGCAAGAGGAGACAGACUCUUUACAUGGUCUGAUAGGGAUAGGACAAAGGAGAUUGGCUUUAAAGUAGAGGGGAAUAGACUUGUGUUAGAUGUUAGAAAGAAAUUCUUAGACUACUCAGAGGGUGGUGAGGCACUGGCACAGCUGCCUAGAGAAGCUGUGGAUUCUCCAUCCCUGAGGGGGCUCAAGGCCAAAUUGGGUGGGGCCCUGGGUAGCCUGGGCUGGUGGGAGGCAGCCUUGCUCACAACAGGGGGUUGGAACUGGAGAAUCUUCAAGAUCCCCUCCAACUAAUUAUUCAGUGACUCUGUAGGAGGAAACAUGACAUCUUAUAUUGGGUUUAUGCAGCACAAGGGAAGGUGCAUGGAUGGCUUCUGUAAGAAGAGGCCCACAGUUGUGACCUGGCCAGAGGGCUGGUAUGAGAUGACUCCAAAACAGCUGCCACAGGACACCAAUGAGCUAUUAACAUUGUGAGUAGCGCUUCUGUGAAAAUGUUAUUUAAGAAAAUGUUAAAAACACUGCACACUAGCUGUGAGGGAAAGGAGUGAAAAUAUGUGAGAAGCAGCCCUGUGGGUGCCAAGGACAGUGCAGCAGGAGGUGCUCCAGGCACAGAGCAGAACUCCAAAUGCAGCAAUGAAGUAUUGCAGCAGUGGAUGUGGACUUCUUGAAAAAGCCAUGGAAAUACUGGAGCAGCCUUUUCUAGAUGGCCUCUACACCACAAUGAAGACAUAUGCUGGAACAGCUCUUGAAAUACUACAGUGCAUGAGCAGGGCCUGCACCAGUGCAGAUGCUGAAGGAGGGAUCUCACACCAGUGCAGGGAUGCAGUAUGAGAAGAAAGCAGUAGAAAAGACAAAGUGUUAUCAUAAUCCCUAUUUCCCACCCCUCCGACAGCAAUUAAGAAUUGAAGUUGAGCAUGUAGGAGGGAAUGUUUUUGUAUUUGUUUAUAACCACAGUAUGUUCAUUUGGCAAUAAACUGAUCUUUACCUGA